AGUCAUUUCAAAAAUGUUAAAAAUAGCAACAAUAAUUUUUGUUGCUUUUAAUUUAGCGAAUGGUGGUCGCGUUUAUGAUGGUUACAAACUUUACGAAAUAAGGCCCCAAACAAAAUCCGAAGCACACGAUUUAAUGGAAUGGCAGGCAAAACCAGGAGUCGAUUUCUGGUCCGAAGCCAGGAUGCUCAAUCAUACUAGCCUGGUUAUGAUCUCACCUGAGCUUCAGGAGGAAUUCGAAGGAUAUCUGAUCGAUAGUAAUUAUACUUGGAAAAUUGCUGAGGAUAAUGUAGAAAGACUUAUACAAAAUUUUGAAAAAAGUAGACAAAAGCCAAUUCAUAAAGUUGGCGGUGGAUUUAAUUUCUUUGAUUAUCAGAGAUCGGAAACGAUCAACUCAUAUCUGAGAACAUUGGCCAAAAUGUAUCCAAAAUAUGUGACUGUUAAGGAUGAGGGCAGAAGUUUUGAGCAACGAGUCAUCAAAUCCGUACGAAUCACAGAUGGAUCAUAUUUCGAUGAAAAGGUGACGAUGGUCAUCGAAUGUGGCAUCCAUGCACGCGAAUGGAUUGCUCCUACUUUCUGCAUGUACCUGAUAGAACAGUUGACAGUAUACAGAGGACAAAAUCUGGACUUGUUAAAGAACAUCGACUGGUUUAUUGUGCCAUUGUUGAAUCCUGAUGGAUAUGAAUACACCCACACGAAGGAUCGUCUCUGGCGUAAAACUCGAAAACCUGAUACUGUAAAUUCUGCUUGUGUCGGAGUUGACGGAAAUAGGAAUUUCGACUUUGAAUGGGGAGAUGAAGGAACUUCUGAUGAUCCUUGCUCAGAAAUCUUCAAAGGUCGUGAACCAUUCUCCGAACCGGAGACUCGAAUCAUGGGCAACCUGAUCAAAGCAGAAGCCAAAGCCAACCCCAACAGGGUCGCUUAUCUAUCGUUUCACUCCUUCGGCUACUGGCUUCUGUAUCCAUACGGUUAUUCUCUUACUGCUCCAGAACCACCAUCUCUUGACAAAUUAAAAAUGGCAACUGAUAACGUUGUGAAAGCAGUUCACGAGCAAACUGGAUCACUUUAUGAGGCUGGUAAUUCUGCUGAGCUCCUGUAUGCUGCAGCAGGAGCUGGAGAUGACUUCGCAAUGGGUGCAGCAGGAAUCGAGUUGGCGAUGACAGUGGAAAUGCCUCCAAGAAGUGAUGGAUAUGAGGGAUUCAUGCUGCCUUCUGAAAACAUCAUCAGCGUCUGCAUGGAGACCAUGAUUGUUGUUCGAGAACUUGGAAAGUUUAUGGUUGAUAACUAUUUGCCUUAA